AUGACGUCUGGGGCAAAAGCCCUCACUCCUGAACAGCAACAGUACUACCAUCCAAAACCAAAUAUAUAUACCUACUGUUAUGCAAGCCUUUUCCCAGGACAACCAACCUCAGAAAGAAAAUCUCCUGCAGAAGCAUUUGCUAGAAUGGGUUCUUCUAGAGUUGAAGAAAACAACGAGUUCCUCGCUUGCAAAGGACUCGAGUCCUCUUCAGCAGAUGUUUCCAUCUCUGGAUGUUUCGAUGGGUUUCUGACAAUUGAAAUACUGGGUUUGGACCAAAAUCAACUUGUUAUUGAACCUCAAACACCAACUUUUUCUUUCGAAAACGUAUCUCAAAAUAACUUGAAGCUCGCGAAUGAGGAGUUAGAGAAAGUGUUAAACGCCAACGUAAUUAAUAAGCUGAAGGAUGAUAGGUUCUACUGGAAUGGUUCAAUGUCAGCCAGGACUGGUCAUGUCAGUACUGUGACACUCGGUGCAAGUACUGACAAUGGCAGUGGCGACAGAAAACAUACUCCACUUCAAGGAUAUUUUGACUUGCCUACUGAAUGCACGAUAGUGGCAAGGAAAAACCCUCGUCCCUCCUUAGGAGAGUUGUUUCAGAAGAACAGGCUCGAAAAGGAGAACUACUCUAAGGAAAAUUAUCAUACCAAAUAUUCUGCAGGGGUCAGUGAUAUGUCCAUAAAGAAGUUUUUGAAGUGGCUGAUGCUCCGUAGUGGUACUCCUGCUGAUCCGGUUUCAGCUGAAAACAGACUCCAAAAGGCAUUACAAAUUUUCAGCAGAAAAGUUCAUCCAGAGUGCUCUACCGUUCCACAAAAUUCUCAAAUGUCCCGCAAGAAUGAGAACAACACCGGAAUCACUCUUAGUUACAACAAGAAUGCAGCUCGUUCAAUGGUAGAUGAAGAAAUAUCCUCAUUUCCUCCACGGAGUCAUCAGACUCAAAAACGAGGUACCAUGACAAAGGACAGCACUCUAUACGCGAACGGAGAAUACUGGAUCAAGACAGACGCAGAAUAUCUGGUGCUGGAGCUGUGA